AUGUACUUGCUGAUUGAUGCCUUGGACGAGUGUAGCAGCGAUCAUCGCGUUCAUCCGCGCCUGUGCCGGGAUCUACCUGCCAAAAUCUUUAUUACAAGUCGGAGAGAGGCGGACAUUAUCGACGGUUUCCAUUCUGCAGAUGUCCUGAAGGUCAACAUCCAAGCAGCUGAUGUUGCUGAUGAUAUAAAGCUCUUUGUUCACAAUCAAGUCGCGAAAUUUCGACAGCGUGGCAAUGGGAAGCGGCUUUACUUGAGCGAGGAUAGCUUGGUGCCCAUAAUUACUUCUUCACUGACUGAGCAGUCCGACGGCAUGUUCCUUUGGGUUGAUCUACAGCUAGACAAUAUUUGCAGGGUCAGCCGAGCACAUCAAGAUCAUCUUAUCAGGGAAGCUUUGUCUAUGCUUCCACGAGGUCUUGAAAAUACUUACCUCCGGAUUGCCCAUCGAAUUGAAAAUGAUGAUCCCUAUAUGAGAAAUCUCGCCGUGAAUUGCCUUAUGUGGGUUCUGAACGCCGAGAGACCGUUACGCGAGGCGGAGGUGCAACAUGCCCUAAAGCUUCGUGAGAAGAAUCCCAUAAAGAACCUAGAUCCUAUUGAUGUCAUCCUUGAUGCUUGUGGGAAUUUGUUGAUUACGGAAGAUGACAUAAUUCGCCCAGCACACUUUUCAGUCAAAGAGUUCUUUAUCGGUAGCCCAUUUCGGGGCUCCCUAAGAAGCCUCCAGGACCUGAACUUGGUGCAUGAGAAAAUGGCACUGGGCUGUUUCCAGUAUCUGGGAAGUUCUUUGCGAAACCAAAGCCCUUAUAAAGACCCAUUCCGUGUUGAGGAGUUUCUCGCAGCUCACCCACUUGUAGAAUACCUUUUCCAAGAAGACAGAAAGUUCCAGGCAUCUCUAUUGCAACUGCGAGCAAUCCGUUAUCCUGGCCGAUUCACAGAUCUCCUGUCAAGCACAAGGCUCAUUAUUCCUGAAGCUGAUGCGAGCUCUGUGCUUUUUGCAACCCGACUGGUCAAGGCUAGCACCAUUCGCAAUCACUUUGCUCACUUGAAGCCACAAGGAUACGCACUUCACCAAUCGGCAGGAGCGGGACAUGUUGAUCUCUCUGAGCGGUUAUUAGAGGAAGGGUUUACCAUCGAUGAAAGAGACCUAAAUUGUACAACCCCCCUUUAUCAUGCUUGCCUUGAAGAUCAAGUUGAAGUCGUGUCUCUUUUGUUAAAACACGGAGCCAAUGUGAACGCAGAGGGUGGGUAUUAUGGCUGCGCUCUGCAGGCUGCAACAUCAAGAGGAAGCCUCGAAAUUAUGAAGAUGCUUAUCGACCAUGGAGCCGCAGUCGAUGGACACACCGGCAAUUUCGGAAGUGCACUUAUUGUUGCAAUUAAAGAAGGGCACCUGAAUCUUGUCAAACUUCUGCUGGAUAAAGGUGCGAAUGUCAAUCUGCAAGGUAGCUCAUAUUAUGGGAGCCCACUUGAGACCGCUGCCGCUGGGGGAGAUAAGGAAAUCGUCCAACGCCUUUUAUGCCAGCCGCAUGUCUUGGUGAACGUACCCGGCGGUCACUUUGGCACAGCACUAACUGCAGCGGCCGCAAAUGGCCGCGGAGAUCUUGUUAAAAUGCUGUUGGAUGCCGGUGCAGACGUCAAUGUUCAAGCAGGAUAUUACGGAACCGCGCUCAAGGCCGCUUGUGCUGGAGGCUGGCCGGAGAUCUUCCGCUCUUUACUCAAUUACGGAGCCGAUCCACAUAGCCAAGGAGGACAUUACGGGACCUGCCUUCAAGCGGCUUCAGUGUGCGGUCACACGGUAAUUGUUCGAAUGCUGCUUGAUCAUGGUGUGAAUGUAAAUGCCCAGGGAGGCAAUUAUGACACGGCACUACAGGGUGCCUCCGCCAGCGGCCGCGCCGACAUUGUCCAGAUUCUUCUCGAAAAUGGAGCGGCAGUCGAUAUCAAGGGUGGUCAGUACGGGACGGCGUUACAAGCAGCGUCAAACGGGGGACACUCAGCGAUCGUGUCGGUCCUACUUCAGAAUAGAUCGUCAGUGAAUACCCUAUACGGGUAUUUUGGCACAGCUCUCCAGGCUGCAUCUUAUUGGGGUCAUGAAGAUAUCUUUCAGACCCUUCUCGAUCAUGGAGCAGACCCCAAUCUCCAGGGAGGUUAUUAUGGCAAUGCUUUACAAGCCGCCAGUGCGAGAGGCUAUGAGUCAAUGGUGAAGCAGUUGCUCCAGUAUGGAGUAGACGUCCAGGCCCAGGGAGGAAAAUAUGGGACUGCGCUAGAUGCAGCGUCUGCAAAGGGUCACGAGAAUGUUCGUCGGAUCAUACUUGAUUUUGAGCGGAACAUGGCCCAAUGCUAG